UUGUUUUUGAGUAUAAGGAACGUAGUGUUUUCGAGUAUCCGAGUCCAUUCCCCCGCAACUUUCUUGUCUUCUAUUUACGAUUCACCAUGGUUGGGUCUUCGAUGUUCGUCUUCGAUGCCAAUCCUCACGCAGUCCAUAAAAUCACCUCUGGAGAAGAGGCACUCGUUUGUAUGCUCUUUGCCAAUUUUGAUACAACCUGGGGUCAUCCUGCCCUCCAAGAUCGUUUGAGACGGGCAGGGCAACAACCCAGUAGUCAAUUAAUCUUGAACGGCAUGACAUUGUUCGGUGCAAUCUGGACCGCGUCCAGGCUCCCAGAGUACCAAUCGUACAAGGUGGUCUGGCAUGCAAUGCGCGCACAUCUUGAAAAUGAAGGUGUCCUUGCAGCGGUCGUGUCCAGAUUUAAUGCCUACGUCGUCAGGAAAGGGGACUCCGCACAUUUGGAUAGGGUCAGCAAGUCUAAGCCACAACGCAAUACGUAUCCCAAAAUUCCUCCAAGAAUGGAGUCCACCAUGUUGACUGAUUUGGAAGAUGUGGGGUGUCAGACGAGAGGAGACAGGCCGUCAAACUUGUCACCUGAGAAUCCCCGUUCUUUCAACAGAGUAUUGUCAACGUUCUCUAUUCAUGACUUCCCGCCUUCUCCUGUGCAUACAUCAAGCUCCCCGAAGCCUUUAUUUUCACACUUGCCUAUCCCACAGAUGGGUCCUAGUGAAUGGGCGGCAUGCUACGAGGACAAGGAGAUUUACAACCCAACUACUCACUCAUUCUCGGAUCUCCAGCCUCAUCCCUUCCCUUCUUUAUGUUCUAGUCCAGCUCUGGCGCAAUCACAGACCCACAUUUGCCAAGAGUCAGGACAUGGCAUUGCUACUGUCCCAAAUGCAACUUCAUCCUUGUAUCGCACACACGGCAUAGAAUACCAGCAAGAUCAUCUUCAGCAACCCGAACAGCAUCUUCACUUGUACCCGCCCUCGCUAGCGAGCCCCUCUUUUUUCCCUGAGAUAUAUCCUGAGACACAACAACCCCUUCCAGAAUUUGGAGCUUCUAUGCCCUCAAUCCUUACGUCUCAUUAUCCUCAUAAACAUGAAGCUCAGGUGAACUCGAACUUUACCACUGGACGUACAUAUUGGCAGAUGACCACUGUACCUCCUCCGUACUUGCCGUAUCAACAUAACCAAUCCCCCACCACAUUUUCCUCUAAUUCGACGGUAUCUCAAGACACCGCAUUCGUCCCACCCCAAAAUAAUUAUUGGAGAGGGUAUGCGGAUGGGAAGUUCGCCGACGAAUACGCAAGUGAUGCAUAUAAAUUGCAGCAUGAAUAGGGAUAUGGCAGACGACAUGCCACGCUCUUAUUGUGAUUGCGCCAUUCCCGCGUGGAAAUGAAUUGUUGCCGCAACUUCUUGUACCUCAAUAGUGGGUCACGGAAGCAAGGCAAUAAGAUUCAGUACACGGCAGGUAGAGGCAGGGUCUAAGAAAUUGAACGACGGACGUUGAGGGGAGUGAAGGCGUGAGUUGAAACUGGCCUUACUAGAAAGGAAGACGGGCUGCCGUAGACCUUUGAGCAUUGUCAAAAAAUUAAUAGAAUAAAAGGCAAUGAAGCUUGGUUUAUGGAUGUUUAACUGUCCUAUAUAGUUUACCGUUUGAUACGAGAUCUCGUAAAUGAGCAAAAAAAGAAUUGUCUGCCGACUACAUGGGAAAUUCCCAAAUGAGGAUCAUAUAUACAGCUUUGACCGGAUCACGGUCCAGAAAAGUUAUAAUAAUUCAAGACCUAAAUCUUAAACACUGGCACUCCCCGAACGAACAAACGAAUACGAUUG